AGUUCACGCACAACUCCGCUCGCCGAAGAUGAGGUUGUUCCCUUGUCUGCUGGUGGCCCAUGGCAGGGUGGCCCGGCGGAUGGGGCUGGGGCCCCGCUCCAGACUGGACAUGCUGCGGAACCUCCUGACGGCGCUGGUCAGACAUGAGCGUAUCGAGACCACGUGGGCGCGGGCGGACGAGCUGCGUUUCUAUGCCGACAAGAUUAUUGAUUACGGAAAAUGUGGAGAUCGAGAUGAGAAAGCAAUGAAGAUGGCCGACUUUUGGCUAACGGAAAAAGAUCUAAUUCACAAGCUUUUUAAGAUUCUGGUUCCUCGUUUUAAUUUACAUAAUGGUAACUACACAAAUAUGUACCAGAUACCAAACCGCGAAAAUCUGGACCGUGCCAAGAUGGCGGUUAUAGAGUACAAGGAAAACCCUUUGCCUCCUCUUCCAGUGCACAGAAAGGACAAUGAGAAGACCCUUCUUAAUCAGCUUCUGUUGGGUUAUCGUCUGGACAAUACCCUGCUGGCCCGGAGCUUCUGAUUCUCCUCCUGGGAUGUGACGGCUUCUGCCCCACUGUCCACAUGCUUACAAUCUAUGAAUCUGCUGCUUUGUCUCGUUUGUGAUUUAUGGUCUCUGACAAUAAUAAAGAAAGCAAAUAACUCUG